AUAUGGACGAUAUCCGGUUUUAAAAUUGAAUGAUAUCUGCUCACUAUUUUGAAUAACGAUUUGGAAAUUGAUCUUUUUAUCUGGAAAAUGAUCUCAAGCAAAUGAUAUCUGUGAAUAUCAAAAGACAAGGCCGUUUGACUUUAAGACCGAAAUAACUUUAAAGACAAUCAAUUGGAUUAAAGUCAAGCGAGGAGAUACUUAUAGUAUUACAAGAGAUUACCAGGGUAGGUCUUGUUUAUGGAAGAAAUAAAAUCACACGAAGAUGUUGACAAACUUAAUGAAGAAAGAUCAGCUGAGGAUGAUGGCUGUCUAUGUUCAUUCUUUCCUAAACGAUACAUUGUAGCAUGUUUGGCAAUGUUUGGCUUUUUUAAUGCAUAUGCGUUAAGAGUCAAUCUUAGUGUUGCAAUGGUGGCCAUGGUAAAUAAUGAUACGAAGUUUGGACAUGGUCUUGAUAUUGAGAAAGUUGCAGAAUUUGACUGGAACUCACAGUUACAAGCUUUGAUUCUUGGCUCAUUUUUCUUCGGUUACAUCACAACUCAAAUACCGGGUGGUUUUUUUGCUUCGAAGUACGGAGGAAAAAAUCUGUUUGGUGGUGGAAUAUUUCUUGCUAGUGCCUUAACGUUACUUACGCCAGUUGCAGCAAGAUGUGCUGUAUCAUACCUCAUUAUUUUACGUAUCUUACAAGGUGUUGCUCAGGGUGUAAUAUGCUCAUCCAAUCAUGCUGUCAUGAGUCAAUGGGCACCUCUAUUAGAAAGGUCUACGAUGAUUGCUUUCACUCUUUCUGGAUCGUACAUUGGAACUGUGUUUACCGUGCCUGUGUCAGGAAUAUUGAUUAAAUUUUACGACUGGCCUGUAGUCUUUUAUUUCUUUGGUAUUUUGGGUGUUCUGUGGAGUUUCUUUUGGUUCUUAAACGUCACUAAUUCGCCAAGAGAGUAUGCGAAAAUAAGUAAAAGAGAACUUGAUUACAUUGAAAAAAGUUUGGAAGGUCAACGAGACGCUAAGAAUUCAACAAAUGUUCCUUGGAAAUCAAUCUUAUCGUCCAAAGCCGUUUGGGCGAUUGUUGCCGCUCAUUUUUGUCAGAACUGGGGAUAUUACACUUUACUGACUACCUUACCUACUUAUAUGAAGUCUGCUCUGCAUAUUGAUUUACUGACUACUGGUUUUCUAUCAUCUCUUCCAUAUAUAACCAUGGCUGCGGUUCUAUAUUUGAGUGGCUUAAUAUCAGACUAUUUUCUCAAGAGAAGAAUUUUUAGUAUCACCUACGUAAGGAAAUUUAAUGUUUGUACAGGUUUCAUCUUUCAAGCCAUAUUCACAGCCUCUGUAGGCUAUACAAGAAAUCAGCACACUGCAGUGUUGCUUCUAGCAUUAGGGGGUGGUAUGGGAGGUCUUAUAUGGAGUGGAUUUGGUGUAAAUAUGCUUGAUAUAGCACCUAUGUACUCUGGAUUGUUAAUGGGAAUUUCUAACUGCGUGGCAACAUUGCCUGGAAUGAUUGCGCCAUUACUUGCUGGUGUAUUGACACCAAAUGAGACUGUUCAAGAAUGGCAAAUUGUAUUUUACAUAUCAGCUAUUAUCUCUCUUUUUGGAUGCUUUAUAUUUGCUAUUUUGGCUUCUGGUGUAAAGCAAGAAUGGCAUGAACAGUAUACAGUUUUGCCAACAUCGCCCAACAAAUUGAAUGAUUAAAUUAACCUAUAUGUGAUAAUAUUUCGCUGCAUUUUUAAUCAUUAAGAUACAGAUAAGGUUGAACGAUUUGUACCUGAAACAUCCAAACGUGUUCAAUAUUACAAAUACGAAUUUAUGAUAGUUUCUAUCACAAAAUUUUAUUGUAUAUGUAGACAUGUACUAUAUUCGACAAACUUGAAUUAAACUUUACAACAUGUGCGAAUUAAUCUACGAUGAACAAAGUGAUGUCAUUGCACAAUUUACCCUCUUAUAAAUACAGCCACUACUAACUUGUAACUUUAAUAAAUUAAUGAAUAAAAGUGUCAUAAAAUAA